CGUGGCGCUGUAUGUCGGUCUGGCGGUGGCCCUGCUCGUCUUCCCGAUGAUCGCGCUGAUCGCCCUGAAGCUGUACCGACGCAAGGGCCGCGGCCAGAGCAUGUACGGACUCACCGAGAGAGACUACGAGGCUAAGUACUACGACAACAACAAGAAGCAGCUCAGCUACACGCCCGACCUGACGUCAAACGUCACGGGCGUGAGCUCGACGCCGCCCAGCCGGGGUCACAGACUACGCCUACAACAGGCUGGGCAGCGGCACCAGCCGGCCCGGCCUGCUGGGGGGUCAUUCGGAGCACCACUACGACGAGCCGCUGCUGCCGCCGGGCCGGCUGACCGGCGCCCGACACUCGCCGGCCGGCGACGCUCCCUCCACCGGCUCCCGCGGCUCGCAGGCCACCAGCAGCUCGCGCGACAACCCGCACCACAGUGGCUCCUCCUACUGCAGCUCCCCCACCUCUCGUCCGACAUCUCUGUACGACGCGGAGGCCGCGUCCUGCCGCCAAUCGCUGCUCUCCACACCACUGCCAUCUAGUGUCAACCCGGACAACCUCGAUUUCGGCACGGUGACGUCGGCGGGCGCCGUGCUGACGCUGGAGAGCGCCGGCGUCUCGCUGCUGGUGCCGGAGGGCGCCGUGCCGGCCGGCCAGCUCGAGGAGGUCUACCUGGCCGUGAUGAGCGACACCCGCGAGAAGCCCCAGCUGGCGGAACACCAGACGCUAUUGUCGCCGGUGAUUCUGGUCGGCCCGCCCGGCACCCAGUUUCUGAAGCCGGUCGUCGUCAGCUUCCACCACUGCGCCAACCUCAAGUCCACCUGGAACGUGUCGGUGUACGGCUCCGAGAGUCCUCCAGACGAGGUUCCUCAGUGGCAGCGUAUCGUGACCCUGGGUCAGGAAACGAUCAACACGCCAAUCUAUACCCAGCUGGACCAGGGCAAGGUUCACAUCCUGACAGACUGGCUACAGGCCUUCGCACUGGUCGGAGAGCCCUGCACUGCGCCGGCCGUGAAGAACCUGCGUCUGGCUGCGUUUGGGCCGCGACUGGUGGCCGCCGCCGAGUACUGCGUGCGGCUGUACGUGGUGGAGGACACCAGAGCGGCGCUGGAGGGCGUGACACAGUUGGAGCGGCGUUUGGGAGGCCGCCUGCUGGACAAGCCCAAGACCCUGCCGUUCCAGAGCGGCGGCGCCGGCCUCUGCCUGGCGCUGGAGGACCUCAGUCUCGGCUGGAGGUGCAAGCCGCAGGGCGGCUACCAGGAGAUCCCGUUCCGUCAUGUGUGGGGCAGCACGUGUCCGCUGCUGCACUGCUCGUUCUGUCUGGAGCACGUGGGUCACGCGGCGGCCAGGGACGGCCUGGCGUUCUCCGCCCGGGUGCAAGUGUACCAGCGGGGCAGCCAGACGCGCCGCCAACUCAUCCGGGUCUCUUCCUCCGAGAGUCACACACAGCAGGCGCUGAGUCCACCGCCGUGUCGAGCACCAACUGGCGCCGCGCCCCCGGGCGGCCCGACCACGACCCCGGCCACCUCCGCGGACCGGCCGACCACCAGGCUUUCUGCUGAGACCAGACAGAAGCUGUGCCAGUGCUUGAACUCUCCCAACCCUCGCGGGAAUGACUGGAGGAUGCUGGCCCAAAUGAUGCAGGUUAACAGAUACGUCAACUACUUCGCGACGAAGAAGUCCCCGACGGACCCGAUCCUGGACCUGUGGGAGGCGAGGCACCCAGAGCAGUCUUCCUGCACCGAACUGCUCAACAUCCUCAGGAUCAUGGGGCGCGAAGAUGCCGCCCAGAUUGUUGAGGACCAGGUCGGGCCGCGCGUGUGACCUUGAUCAGCGACAGCUGAUUGGCCAGCCCGGUCGGCUGACCUUGAACUAAGCUCGUCGAUUGGUCCGAGGGUGUGGCGCCUCGAGUGCUGAGCGCUGAUUGGUCUGUAGUGUCGUAUCGCCGUAGCAGCAGGCGGGGAUUGGUGCACGUUUAGCGGUCUGAAGUGUGAUUGGCCUAUUUGAUCAGCCGGAUUUAAUUUAUCGCUGUGGGCUUAGCUAGUUGGAUCCCGUUGUAAUUCAACGUGCAUCAUUGCCUUAUUUGAUCACCUCAAUUGACGUUCAAAAGCAUUGCCGAAAGUGCGCUUGCAUCGUACGUUUACUGUGUUUAUUGAGUGCUCCACUCUUCACAGUUUGUGCUCACACCAUUGUUCUGGUUCACAUGACAAUUUUCAACCGAUCCGUGCCAAAUAAUUAUGGGAUCUUCCGGAGACGAAUCAAAAUAGGCAGGGCUCAACCGCUCGAGGAAAUGUGAUAUUUUGUCAAUGCCACCCCGUAUUUAUGAAGUUCCACGCGCCACUAUAAGGCAUAUUGUUCUGGGUGACAUGCUUAUAGGUGUCAAUGGAAGUGACUGCUGCGAUUUUGCUUGCGAGCUGGCAUGUGCAGUAUAUCUGCCCAAAUCACGACUGCAGACAAAUAUUUAAGUCUUCCGACGCUGAUGCCAAAUUUCUCAAAAGUUGGUCAGUAAUCAAUUGUAUAAGUCACGCGACUGUCACCAAAGCUGUACAUACGUGCUCCGAAGAACAGAAUGCUACAAAUUUAGUCCUCCACGUGUAUGACAUCGUGUGACCGCCUGUACCGUUGGUGAUGAUGAGACCCAGGACAGCUGAGAUUUCAGUGUGACCUCCACUGCAGGCGCUCAGCGUGUGGGCCUGUGUCCACUAGUUGUGGUCAUGGCAGGGUUAUGUGACCCGACUCAUGUCGUCUUGUGUUCGCUUCCUGAGGAACCGUGUCGCUGUGCUUGCUUGGGUGUACUGCCUUUGUUCGUUAGUGAGUGCAACCAUUUUUGCAAAGGCUUUAUACGUGGGGUAGUUCAUUAAGUAUUCUGAGCUCAAUAACACGGUAUCUGCAUGCUUCUUGGCAUCACGAAAAAUACGUUGUGUCACCCAGAAAUACCCCGCAAAAUCCUGACGACACCGGCACUAACUGUUUCCAACAAUAGUCUUCACGUAGUCAUCCGUGGACUACUUGAAACAUUAUUGCAAUUUUCAACGCCUUCACCUAUCGCUGACGAAUUAGUUACGUUGGCUAUAACUCCUGAAUACGCUGUUAGACGUGACCUUCAAAAAGUGGCGUUCAUGUGUCCCGGAACUGGGCUAGGGACGCGAAGGCACCGGGUGCGUUACUUGUUGCAGUAGAAAGCUAGCGGCGGUGUCCAGCUUUGGGGUUUUUAUAUUUUUUUCAGAGAUUUUAGCCUGAUUUGCAGUCACAAAUGAGUGUGGAGCUACGCCUUCCAAAACCCUCUUCCUUGUGCCGUUUCGGCUCCGCCCCAUCCUCCGUCCAUAGCGUAAUUUAUGGACGGCACACUGAGAUGGACUAUGGCCUCCCCGUAGGAACGCAGAUUCAACUGUUAGGAGCGUCAGUUUCCUCGCUGCAUUGUUUGACGUUAGUGUUAUGCCUCAGAAGAUCUGCCGCACAGCGGGUCUUAUAAAACUGGCAAGUGCGAUAUAGAUCAGCGCACAUCGACGCUCCGUUGUAAGCCACGUACUUCCUGUUGGUUGGGCGGCCAUUUUGAAACGCUGUCCUGGUCAAGCACAGGACGCUGCUGAUUGGAUAGAAAUAUACCGCAUCUGCGUGCGGCUAGUCACUUGCGUUUAGUGCGUAAAGCUGUUUUAUACUCUGAACGAUCGCUUGUGAAAAUAGGUGUUGUAUGUAUGUACUUAUGUCAUGUUAUAAUGCAACCAAUACAAACAGUGCUUUGUUUAAAGACA